AAAGUUUCAUUGAUCAUUGAUUAUUUCUCUAUGAUACUGACCUAUUUCUGGGACGUUCCAGUUUCAAUACAAUCGAUAUAAAAUUUUCUUAUUUCCAAUAGUAUAAAAAAUCACAAUAUGGCAAAACAAGGUACUCUAACAUCUUUUUUCAAAGGAUUGUAUUACGAUGAGUUCAAAUGGUCUGUUGUUAAGAGCAUCGGUAUAUUUGCUCUUGGUGUGAGAAUAGCCCAAGAGUGUGUUGGCAUGGAACUUGUACCUGCACAAAGUUAAACAUAUAAUAUUUUUCUGUGUUAUAUUAUUAAAUUAUAGUAAAUUAAUGUAUUCAACUUGUUUUAUUUGGUUUGCAUUAAUAUGCUCUGGGAGAGCAUUGUUAGUGAACAGCCCCAAUAUAAUCCUUUUCUUAACGGAUGACCAGGAUGCACUUUUGAAUAGUAUGAAGGCACUAAGGAAAACACAGGAAUUAAUAGUCAAAAAUGGAAUUACUUUUGAAAAUGCGUAUGUGAAUUCACCAAUUUGUUGUCCUAGUAGAAGCUCCAUACUUACAGGGAAAUAUGCUCAUAACAUUAAAGUCUAUAAUAAUUCGUUGAAUGGUAAUUGUUCAAGUGCAGAGUGGCAGAAAAAUUAUGAAAAAUACAGUAUAGCUUCUUAUUUGAAGAGUGCAAAGAAUUAUACAACUUUUUAUGCUGGAAAAUAUUUGAAUCAGUAUGGUAGUAUUAAUAGUGGAGGACUUGCACACAUUCCACCAGGAUAUGAUUGGUGGAUUGGUCUGAAAGGAAAUUCUAAAUAUUACAAUUAUACGCUUUCAAUUAAUGGAACUGGAAGGUUUUAUGUAGAAGAAUAUUUAACAGAUAAAAUGAAAAAUUUUGCUGUAGAUUUCAUGCGAUUGAAUAAUGACAAACCAUUCUUCAUGACAUUGGCUACACCUGCUUGUCAUGCUCCAUUCACUCCAGCUAAAAGACAUUCUCAAAAUUUUCCAAAUGAAAAGGCAGUGAGAAAUCCAUCAUUCAACUAUUCCUCAGAGAAUAAACAUUGGAUUGUAACAAUGCCUCCAAAAUACUUGCCUACUAAUAUUUCACGACUAGACCUCAUACAAAAAAAGAGGUUGCAAACUUUAUUAGCUGUCGAUGAAAUGGUUGAAUGUUUAGUGGAAGAGUUGAAGAAUUUAAACAUCUAUUCCACUACAUAUAUUAUAUUCACCUCUGAUAACGGAUACCAUAUAGGCCAAUUUGGUCAACCCUGGGACAAGAGGCAACCCUACCAAACAGACAUAAAAGUACCUCUUUUUUUAAGUGGACCUGGUAUCCCAAAAAAUAGAAUUUCGCAAAAUCUGGUUUCUGCUAUUGACAUAGCUCCAACAAUUUUGGAUCUUGCUGAAGUUCCCAUUCCAAAAGAUAUGGAUGGAAUAUCUUUUAAGAAUAUCAUGCUUCAGAACAUUUAUCCCAGGAGUUAUAUACUUGUUGAGUACUGGGGUGAGGGAGGUUUGAAAGUAAAUCACAAUUGUCCUUGGACAGAUGAAAAUUUGAUGGAAUGCAGCCCAGAAAGCUGGUGUAAGUGCCAGGACUCCAAAAAUAACACUUAUUCAUGUGUGCUGCAUCUUUCCAAGGCCACUCAUUUCAAAAUAUGCAGUUUCACUGAUGAUCAUGAUUUCUUGGAAGCUUAUGACUUAUUAAAUGAUCCAUAUGAACUGCAUAAUAUUGUAAAAGAGAUAGAGUUUGACAAACUUAUAUUUUACAGAAAUGUUUUACAUAAAAUGAUAACUUGUAAGGGAGAAACAUGUUGAUUUUUCAA